UUCCAUACGAGUACCAUCAUUGCUCCCUCGCGGCUAUAGAUUCGUAUAUCGAGAUCUCAACACCACUCCUGUCGCCCCCAACGAGAUGUGGGUUUCGUCGAUCGUGUCCUUAUCAGUUAUCCUAAUUACCUUUACCCAUAUGACUGACGCAAGGUGGGUUUGUAAUCCAUGUGCAACUGAAGAUGAAUGCGAAAGGGAGCCUAUUGAAUUUUGUAUGUGGGGUGAGGCGCGAGAUAGUUGCAACAGGCGAGUCUGUGCAAAGGGUCCAGGGGAAAGGUGCGGCGGUCCAUUAGGCAUCUUAGGACAAUGCGGUGAUGGAAUGAUGUGCAAAAAGGACGAGAGAUGCCACGGGUGCUCAACUCAAACAUUCCAGUGCCAUCCGUAGUUUCGGUGAUUGCCGACGAUCUCAGUUACUUUCGAAAAUCAGUAUUAUGUAGCUAUAUUUUAAUUUUUUAAAAAAAGCUGCACUUUUUAUGGUCAUUACCAGGCAUGGACGCAUAUUAUGUUGCGUCUUCUUGUGAUCCUUAGAUUAUUGGUUUAUGUGUUCAAUUAGGUACAGUAUACCUGAUUUUAUUAGAUUAUAACUAUUUAUUGCUUGUCUGGAGUUGUAAAGGAGAUCUCAAAAAAGUAUGGAAAAAUAUAAACCACGGAUAAAUUAUUUGUA